AGCAAGGCCCGUAUGCGGAGAUGUGCUAGCUGGCUGCAACGGGCAACUAGAAUGAAUAGCCCCGCACUAGUGUGGGCCGAGGCACAUAACAUCGAACGACUACGGACGAACGUACACCGACUGUCAGCUUGCAUUUGCUGAUACUUCAACUUGACUCUCUUACUUGUACUGUGUUUCUCCAUUAAAACCACCAUCUUUAAUACAUUAUUUGGAAAUCGAAUCCUCGUCGUGUGAGCGCAGCAGCAAAAGGCAACCGAUUCAACAAAGCAUUGUAGAUUCCAGUCCUCAUCAUGGCGGACUUCGAAACAUCAAUUCAGCAGGCCGUUGACGCCCAAGAGAUACCAGGCUGCGUUCUCCUUGCCACCAAUCGCGAUGGCUCGUUCAAAUACACCAAGACCUUCGGUCACACCUCCAUGAAGUCCGAGAAUGCUAAACCCCUCCAGACCAAUACGGUCAUGUGGGUAGCAUCCUGCACCAAACUCAUGACAUCGAUCUGCGCACUACAGCUCGUCGAGCGUGGUAAACUAACACUCGACGACCCGGUGUACACUCAUGUUCCCGAACUGAAAGACUUCAAGAUCCUCCAAACUUUCGACAACGAAGGCAAGCCUUUUGAAGUGCGGCACACCAAGCCCAUCACGUUGCGCACACUCUUGACUCACACAAGCGGUCUGACUUACGAUGGCAUGCACCCGAAACUGCUUGCAUGGCUGGCGUACCAUGGACGGGAACCCAGUGUAGGCGCAAAGCUGCUUCAGCGCUUCGAUGCACCGCUCACUUUCGAGCCAGGAGAGAGCUGGAUGUACGGCUCGGGAGUCGACUACGCCGGUCUGCUAAUCGAGCGCGUGAGCGGCCUGACACUCGAGGAGUACAUGCGCCAAAACCUCUGGGAGCCGCUCGGUAUCAAGGAUAUGACGUUUCAGCUCAGGUCACGGCCGGACAUGAAGAAGCGGAUGGCGGACAUGAGUGUGCGAGAUGAAGAGUCGGGGAAGGUUAGGUACACCGGGGCUAGGAUGACAUACCAGGAUGCGGAUGGUGAGGAAGUCCAGGAUUGUAUGGGUGGACAGGGUGUCUUCACGAGUGCGGAAGAAUACAUCAAGGUGCUGCAUGCUUUGUUGACGACGGAUGAGGAUGAGAAGCUACUGAAGAAGGAGACAUUGGAGGAGUUUUUCACGCCACAGUUGGGCGAGGGGGCUUCUGCGGCGAUUAAUGCAGUUCUGCAGGACGAUAUGGUCAACAAUGCGAUGGGCGGAACCCUGAAAGACUCGAAGAGAGACUGGGGUCUCGGAGGCCUCCUACUCACGGAGGAUCAGCCAGAUGGCAAAGCGGCCGGCACGAUGAUCUGGGGCGGUUUGCCAAACCUGAUCUGGUGGGUUGACCGCAGGACCGGACUGUGUGGCUUGUACGCAGGGCAGGUGAUACCCACUGGCGACGCGAAGUGCGCAGCUUUGGACCGCAGCUUUGAAGCGGGUAUGUACGAGAAGUACGAACAGAGUGGGCUUGUAAAUCCUCGCUUCUAGUAGCAUGACGUCUGUUGAUCAUAGCCAAAGCGUAAGUAAU